AUGGAUUUUGACGCCCUCCGAGCGCGGACGCUACGCUCCGGCGCAGAUGAGGAGGCCGUGACGGUCAACACAAGAGCCCUGAUAGACAAGGUCUUGGCUAGAUAUUCGGGAGAAUGGACAGUUCUGCGGGAAUUACUUCAGAACGCCGCAGACGCUUCGGCAACAAAGAUCACCAUCAAGUUCGAGACGAUACCAUCAGCCACAGUCCCGUUACCCGCAGACUCCUCGUCAUCGAGCCUACUGAGGCAUACAGUUCAGCACCAUACUCUGAAGAGGCUGGUAGUGACAAAUAAUGGACAGCCUUUCAGUGAGAAUGACUGGAAUCGCUUGAAGCGCAUUGCAGAAGGAAACCCGGAUGAGACCAAGAUCGGUGCUUUUGGUGUGGGUUUCUACUCCACCUUUGCAGAUUGCGAGAAUCCCUUUGUGUCUUCUGGGAAAGAGGCCAUGGCAUUCUUCUGGAAGAACAAUUCGCUGUUCACGAGACGGCUACAACUGCCUGAUUCCGAGACGUCUUCAGACACAAAUUUCGUCCUGGAUUAUCGGGACACCACUUCGCCAGUGCCGCCGCUACUACCGUUGGCACAGUUCCUCGCAAAUAGUCUGACCUUCGUGGGACUGGAGAACAUUGAAUUCUGGUUGGACGACUGGAACUUGCUCUCCCUGCGGAAGAAGACUUCGCCGAGUUAUGAGGUGCCAAUUCCCCGCGAUAUUGAACCGAAGACCAGCGAAGGUUUCAUGAGGGUCACAAAGGUUUCCAAGGAGAUUGCACAAAUAGACGGGUCAUGGAUGACGGUCAUCGGCUGGAAAGCGUCCAAGACGGCCGCUCAUUCCUCAUCCGACCGAGAUGCUGCCCCUUCAUUACGCAAAUUCUUCUCAAGGUUAGCAGGGACUGUGCAAGAAGAAGCCCGCGUCGAUAGCAAGCCUGAUGGGCCGGCCAGUACGGAUCUUUUGGCAACAAAGGUGUCUGCCACCGUCUUUCUGAACGUUAACACUGCAACCAUCAAGACGUUCACAGGCGUCAAGUUCAACGAAGAACUCGAGCGAGCGACGAAGAAGCCGCCUCCGAAGUUCACCAAACUCGCCAUUCUUACUGCACCCUACAUCGAAGAUUCGAGCCUUGCUAAGGCUUCCGCGGCAGGCGACGUCUUCGGAACAGUGCUUCCAAGCCGAGGUGGCAAGAUAUUCAUUGGUUUUCCCACGCACCAGACAACUGGACUUAGCGCACACAUCUCAGCGCCUUCGGUGAUACCUACUGUUGAAAGAGAAUCUAUCGACUUGAAUGCCCGAUACGUCAGAACUUGGAAUAUGGAGAUGCUUCGUGCAGCUGGUGUUGUCUGUCGAAUGGUGUGGUCGUGCGAGUUACAAGAGCUCAAGGAGAAGACUCAGCGAGAAGCCAAUGGUCGAUCGAAGAUCCGUAUGGAGCAAGUCAGCCCAUUCUUGGACGAGGCGAUCACCACGUUCAAGAACUUCACGUUCAGAGAGUCAACGCCUUCGGCUUCCAUAGGCUCACUCCUGGAGGACGCAUUCUGGACGUGCAGCAAGAAAGCGUCCAUUGAAGUGGUCUCAACUUGUGGUGUACUGCCGACGCAUGAUGUCCGUAUAGCGCCCAAAGAUCUCAGUUUCAUGUCGGGCAUCCCGAUUCUACCAGAGAAACUGGCUUCUGAGGCACAUGUGUUUGUUUCCAAGCUUGUUGACUUCGGUCUUCUGACAGAAGUCACUGUCACUGACAUAAAGUUGGCGCUCGAAUCGAGCCCUCUCACUGCGCCUCAGGUGUCCGAAUUUCUGGGUUGGCUCACGAAACAAUCAACUCAGGGAAAGCUCGACAAGGCUACGAUUUCGAGUCUGCUGGCUGUUGCUGUCGCUAAUGACGACAGUCCUGAAGGAAAUGCGAGUCCGCUUCUACAACUUGGAGAGAUCCGUCACUUCUUGAACCCUAGCCGGACUCCGGUCGACUUUCCCGUCCCACCGACUGUCAUGCCAUUCAAAUUCACGAGGGGCAUGAGCAAACAUGAGCUGGAGAGCCUGGGCUGGGAGGAGCUUCAAUUAGUGACGUGGGUCCGGUGGCUCAUUGCUCAGGCCGGGAAUCGUCAGAUACUCGCAGAAAAUCAAGAUAUCACGAAAUCCGCCGAAUUCAGCUCGCAGGUCAUGCCUUUACUGUCGAAACAAUGGGACUCUCUUAGCCAGCCUUCAAAGACUGCCCUCGUCGAGAUUCUUGUCAAGCACACUGUGAUUCCCACGAAAUUUGGGAUGAAAAAGCCCGGUGAUGCUUACUUCCCGAACGUGAAACUAUUUGAUGAUCUGGCGACGAUAGAAGGUCUCGGGAACGUCAAAGACAAGUUCUUGCUUGCUCUCGGCGUCCGCAAGACUGUGGAAUUGGAUGUCGUGUUCGGAAGACUCUUGUCGCUAGAGCCGAAAUCCGCAAAGGCUGUCACCGCCACGAAACCUCAAUGGAGCCAUGUUGACCUGAUCAAAUACCUUGCAUCUGUACGUGAUGACAUUCCAGGGGCCGACAUACAGAAACUGAGGAGCACUGCCAUAUGUCCGAAACAACUGGAUGGCAGGGAUGGCGGAGAGUCUACUGAGCUGUACAAAGUGAGCGAACUCUUCGAGCCACGGCAUGAUCUGCGCCAGUUGGGACUCCCAGUUCUGGCUUGGCCAGGCGCCUACCGCACCAAUACGCCAGAAGGCCGGUUCUUGAAUUCUCUCGGUUUGCGAACGACGCCCUUGGCUCCGGAGCUUGUUCAAAUCAUGGCUGAAGCCGGAAAGAAAGGACCUACGUACGACCUUGACCGCCGUGAUCGAGCGCUCGCCUAUUUUCUAUCCCACCAUCAUGGCUACGGCUACGGGAUGUUUGACUAUCAGAGCAUCACCGUCCCUUUCUUGCCGCUCGAGAACAAGCCCGAUCGGCUUGCCACUCCCGCACGGUGCUUCGCAGACGAAGGAGCUGCCCUGCUUGGUUUCGACAUCCUGAAGCGUGACUGGACUCCUCAUGCGCCUAAAUUCGGUGUUCGACAACAUCCGCCAAUGGAUCAGUGCAUCAAUAUACUAGCAAACAAGCCACCGAGCACUUAUAACGACGCACGUGUCCUCUUCAGUUAUUUUGCCGGACGCUUGGGAGAAAUCAACACCAACGGUAUGGCGCGACUCAGUGAUCUGAACUUCAUACCCAUCUUCGGGAAGGGUAAAGAGAAGUCGGCACCCCAAACCCACACUUCGCCCCGAAACUGCUUUCUGGGCGAAAGUGAGGCUUUCGGCGAGAUCUUUCACUUCGUGGAUUUUGGUGCUGAGGCGAACUCGUUCCUCAUCAAAUGCGGCUGUAAGCAGGAGCCUUCCAAGCUGGAGAUCGCGCAGAUUCUUGUGAAGGAACCCGCACGCAUCUCUGCAACCUUCCGCAACGCCGAGAAGUACAUGGCUCUGCUCCGGAGCAUGGCCGAGGCAACUAAGACUCUUAAGAAGAACAAAGAACUGUGGGCAGAAAUGAGGAGAGCGCCGUUCCUCCUUGCGAGCAGUGAACUGCCACCAACGUCUCCAGUAGCCAAGCAUGCUGGCCAUGCUGACGAAGCUGAUCAGCUCGAUGAGGACGAAGUCCAGGGUAUUCGUGAAUUCCAGCUGUGCAGCGCGGCUGACGCUAUCAUUAUUGACGACUACCUCAACUACAAUCUAUUCAAGGCAGACAUCCUUGCCGCACCGCAGGAAGAAAGCCUCGAGGACUUCUACUUUGCUCUCGGAUCCCCGUUGCUCAGCUCGCUGGUGGAGGAAGCGGCUCGCCAUGGCCCCCGGGCUCCUGAUCAAAAGCCUGCACAGAAACUACAGAAGCAGAUCCUGGAGAGAUCGACGCUGUUUCUACACGAGCAGCCCUCGGACACCAUCAAGCAUGACGCAAAGUGGCUGGAGAAGAAUCUGCAGGUCCAGCUGGUGUCGUCAAUUUCUCUGAGAAGAUCGCUGCGAGGACGAAACGUCAGCCACACAGAAAAGCGCACGGCGGUCAUAACUGCGGUCAACAAGGAGUACACUCUCUGGAUCACAGGUGCUAAACCGGACUUGUACCAGGUCAGCCAGGCUCUGGUGCACAUUUUGCUCACCCGACCAAAACUUCAUUCGGCCAUCACGCUGGAGAUGCUGCUGAAGACUGAUCUGCUUGAUCUUCGCGCCCGAGGCUUCAACGUCUCUCGCAUCCUGCGGCAGAAGGCUGCUGAAGCAAGACUGGCUGAAAGCAAGAGACAGCAACAACUUGAGGAGCAGCAGAAGCGCAUUGAGGAAGAGGAAAGGGCAUGGCGAGCUUCUCAAGCGCAGGCCGGGAAGGAAGGAGCCCGACAAGACCAUGUCCCAGGUGGAUUCCCAGACUCGCCCGACAACAGAUCAUUGACAGCGCCAGAGCCAGCCACGCCCACGCCGAUCAAUGCAGAGGACGUCCGCAGACAUGGUCGCAAUUUGUUCUCCAACUUGUCCCGUCAGCUGGGAUUCGGCAACAACCGUCACAUUCAGCAGAUGCUUGGCAACAACGACGAUAGCAGCCAACGAGAACUCACCAAUGCCAGUGGGACAGCCGAUCCUCCGCCACCAUACCAAUACGAUCAGCAAGGCAACCAAGCACAGCCCAAGCCGACUGGCGGCUCGGUGACGGCGCCUCACCAACUCCGCGAGAAUCUCCUCACAGCCAUCAAAAAGUCUCGCGCACACAACUCGUCCGACAUCUUCAGCCGCGGAGAGACCAACGUCCUCCAGGAAACGAAAUCGUACUGCGACGAGCACCCGGCUCACGAUCUGACUUUCGUGGCAGAAAUCAAACAUGGCAUCAACUGCUACCUGGCGCCCUCGUCCGUGAGCAACUCCAGCCAGUUCCUCCAACAGCACUCCCAUGGCCUCACGUCGUUCGCACACCUCUUGAACUCUCUCGCGGAGGUCUUCUCCCUCAGUCCACGGACGCUAAACAUCUUUUUCGAAACGUCCGGCAAGACCAUCGGGUUCAACCGAAACGGGUCGAUAUUCUGCAACUACCGAUACUUUGAACAACUCCACGAGCGGAAUAUUGUGGGCCAAGGGACAGAAGCGGAAGCUUAUGCCGAGGCGUUUGUAUACUGGUGGGUGAUUCUGUGCCAUGAGUUGGCCCAUAAUCUUGUGGGCGACCAUAGUAGCGAUCACAGUUAUUACACGGAAGGGUUCGUGGCGCAGUAUUUCGGCAGGGUAGUCAGGGUGUUGGGUCAGAGUCAGGGCCAGGGCCAAGCUCAGCAACUACCCAUCAGAGGAAGAGAGGGUGAGGGUGAGGGUGCGAGUUUGAAUGCUCCGCUUGUUGAGAUCUAA